AAUCACGACACCUGUCCUAAUGCCAACAAAAUCCUCUCUCUCUCCCUCUCCCCAUUGCCUUUUCACAAACACCUCUCUCCUCUAAACGGCAGAAAGUCAUCUCCUUUACUCAGUUUUCACUCUCCCAAUAAUCCCCGGAAACAGUGUCUUCUUCGCCGGUGCAAAAAAAAAAUGAGUUCCUUUUCUUAGAAAGUUGAAGUCUUUCCUUUGCAAAAUCGGAGACCCAGUUGGGAUUUUUGGAGUGGAGAUGAAGAAGACAUCUGCUUCUUCCAACAGUUUAGGCGCAUUUCUCAGUCCAGGAGCUCCGAGUCACGGUGACACCUGUUCGAUUUACAACAAGGGUUGGAGCUCGGAGCGAGUUCCUCACCCUUCGACCGCCGGAAUCAAUGGCCGCAGGCACAUCUCCUCCGCCUCCGCCUUAGCCACCCCCUUCUACAGCGGCAGAGCUCUGCCGUCGAAAUGGGAAGACGCCGAGCGCUGGAUUUGCAGCCCCCUGGCUUCUUACCCGGCAGGUGUUUGCAAGAAUUCCUGUGUCAACUCUCGCUUCGUGGAACAGAGGAGGCCCAAAUCCAAGAGCGGACCCAUCGUGCCGCCUCCGCUGCUUCCGCCGUCGUCGUCUUCCUCGGCGACAGGGUGUUAUCACUAUUCUCCGACGGCCGCGAUGCGGGCGGUGGAAGCUCCGCCAGGGAGCAUGAGGGGUUUGACGGUGGUGGGUUCGCCGUUUUCGACGGGGGUUUUGGAAGCUGAUAGGGUUUUCAGGGGAAGUGUCGGUGGGGGUGGUGGGUGUGAUGGGCAUGACCAUGGUUGGAUAGAUUUGGUUAGCGAAAGCUCAUCUUCUAGUUCCAAAGAUAAAAAACAGGAGGACGGGAAGGAGGGAGAGAUGGCGCUGUCUCCAGUGGUAUCAAGAAGAGAUAUGGCUACUCAAAUGAGCCCAGACGCAACCAGUCCUAAUCAAUCUCCUGGAGAAAGAGAAGCUUCACCAGUAGUCGUUUCUGUCAUAGAGCCUCAGAAUGGAAGCCUCUGUAGGCAACAAGAAGUCAGAGAAGUGAAGAUCGACAGACGGGCAAGGAUGAUCAAGCAUCCAAAGAGACGAGUAUGUCGGGUAAGCAAGAGGGAGCCGCCUGAGGUUGAAGAUGAUGUUUAUAUGAAUUCAGGAGCUUCUGGUUCCUUGUGGGAUAUUUCAGAGCCUGCCAUGAGUCUUUCCAAGUUGCAACGAGAGGAAGCUAAGAUAGCAGCGUGGGAGAAUCUGCAGAAGGCAAAAGCAGAAGCUGCCAUUAGAAAACUAGAGGUGAAGCUGGAGAAGAAGAAAUCAGAGUCAAUGGAUAAGAUUAUGAACAAGCUCCAAACAGCACAACACAGGGCCCAAGAGAUGAGAAGCUCGAUGCCAAGAAAGGAUGGAUAUCACAUCUCCAAAAACACGCUCAAACUCACAAAUCUCGUCCGCAGAAAUACAUUCAUCAACCCCUUCAUGAGUUGCUUUGCCCCCCGUGUCGAUUGCAGAACCCCAUCCUCCCUCUGAUUUUUUUUUCUUUCUUUUUUUUAUGAAAGAAGAACAAAGCAACAGUACACUUCAUUUUUCCCCUGUGAAGAAGCCCUCUGUCUCGCUUUAUUA